UUUUCAUAUAAAUUGCUGCUGGCUUUACUAGUGUAGAAAACCCUAAGCGUUGUCGAUUGCCAAAGCCGUCACUCGCUCGCGGCUCUUGUAGACCUGAGAAGAUGAAGUUCAACGUCGCGAAUCCAACCACUGGUUGCCAGAAGAAGCUCGAGAUCGACGAUGACCAGAAACUCCGUGCGUUUUAUGAUAAGAGACUCUCCCAAGAAGUCAGUGGAGACGCUUUGGGCGAGGAGUUCAAGGGGUACGUUUUCAAGAUCAUGGGUGGGUGUGACAAGCAAGGUUUCCCAAUGAAGCAGGGAGUUUUAACUCCUGGCCGUGUUCGCCUUUUGCUUCACCGAGGAACUCCUUGCUUCAGAGGACAUGGGAGGAGGACUGGAGAGAGGAGAAGAAAGUCUGUUCGUGGUUGCAUUGUCAGCCAAGAUCUCUCUGUUCUCAACCUUGUCAUUGUUAAGAAGGGUGAGAAGGAUCUUCCCGGGCUUACCGAUACCGAGAAGCCAAGGAUGAGGGGACCUAAGAGAGCUUCCAAGAUCCGUAAACUGUUUAACCUCACCAAGGAGGAUGAUGUGAGGAAGUACGUCAACACUUACCGCCGCAAGUUCACAAACAAGAAAGGUAAGGAAGUGAGCAAAGCCCCCAAGAUCCAGAGGCUUGUGACUCCUUUGACACUUCAGAGGAAGAGAGCUAGAAUCGCCGACAAGAAGAAGAGGAUUGCCAAGGCUAACGCUGAUGCAGCUGAGUACCAGAAGCUUCUUGCCUCAAGGUUGAAGGAACAACGUGACAAGAGGAGUGAGAGUUUGGCAAAGAAGAGGUCGAGACUCUCUUCUGCUGCUGCCAAGCCUUCCGUUACUGCUUGAGAAUCUCAUUUCUAGUUUUGUUUCCUUCCUCGCUUCUCCGGCAUUCAAAAAAAAAAGUUACUUCAAGCUCUUGUUUCAGUUGUUACAUCCAUGACAUGGGUAGUAACACCACCACUUUGGACUUGUGUUUCUUGAUUUAUUCUCUUAGUUAAAAAGACCAUUUUAAAUUCAACUUUUUGGUUCCUCA